AUGAGUUACGAGGGUGCCGAGAUCUCGUGCCCUGAAGAAUGCUCGUGCCGCACCGCCUUCAACACGGAGGACGGCACCUCGCUGAUCGUACUGUGCACGCGCGGGAGUAUGCGCGCCGUUCCCAUCGACUUCCUCGAUAAAAGCGCGCACGUACUCGUCAUAUCCGCCCCACCUGGUAACCCUAACUUUCUCAACAUCGGCCCUAUUUUCACACAACCUGUGCCCUUCGCCAACUUAAGAGAGUUGCACAUCGUCAACUCCAAUGUGCCCUCGAUCGGCAAAUACUCGUUUUGGGGUUUACAAAACUUGAGACUGAUAAAUAUGACACAUAACAAUUUAACGAGCAUCGACGCAGACAAUUUUCGGGGACUAAUAAAUCUAACCGAAUUGCAUUUAGAUCAUAAUAACAUUGAACAGAUGCCGAGUGAAACAUUUAUGCAUCUUACCUCUUUGAAAAUAUUAAUAUUAUCCAAUAAUAAGAUAUCGACACUCGUUCCCAGAUUAUUUAGAAUGCUGGUGAAACUUACUACUUUGGAUUUGAGUGAUAAUCCUCUAGCUGAUUUGAAUCCAGAACGUCUCGAUAUAUCGCAUAAUAAUUUACAAACUCUGUCCGAAGAGGAGUUGCAAAGAUUGGAAGCCAUAUCUCAGGUCAAUUUGGCUAAAAAUAAAUGGCACUGCGACCAGUGUUCUGCGGGAACGAUGCUAGUUUAUAUGACGACCACUGUUUUGAACGGAACCAUAAGAAACCUGAAAUGUUAUUCUCCUUUGCGACUACGUGGCGUAAGUUUCAGCGAUAUGACAUUUAAUCGGCUGGAGCAAUGUCCUAGUACUCACGAGGCUCAAAUGAGUGUGUUAGCGGGACUGAUGUUGCUUUGCGUCGCAGUACUGGCAGCCAUCGCGGGCGCGCUGUGCUGCACGCGACGCCGCGCCGCUCACUACUACACCAACGAGGAGAAACGGCGCGAGCAUGAGCACGAACACCCCGAGGAGCUGCUAAGCCGUACCGAGCUAGGAAGUGUGGCGACUAUCCAUGCUCCUUACCACCUGGUCUCAAAAGGCAGCUAA